AUGAGGGAGAGGGGCUCCACAGGGGCUGUGGUAUCGGCACUGGAGUGGCUGUUUGAACACCGCCCUACCCCGCCCCCGCUGCGGGCCGCCCGACUGCGCCACCUGGCUCAGGACUUCCUCGGUGUUCAGGUGACCCGGCGGCUCUACACCGAUCUGCAGGCGCGGCGGAACAAGAAGCGCGUGGAACAGAGUCCCGUGGCGGCCGUCUCUCUGUAUAACACGGCUGUUCGCUACCUCUCUGCGGUGCUCAGCAGCGGCUCGCUGCCGGACCUCUCCUGGCCUCCGGCCGAGCUGGUCGAGCUGACAGAGGGGGCCGUUACAGAGCGGCCCGAGUCGGCCCUGCCGCCACCCGGCUGGAACCGGCCUGAGCGGCUACUGCAGAUACAGCAGGAGGUCAGCGCUCUCUCACUACCCCCGCUGGACGUUGACGUCGACUGGAGCUGGACAGAGUGCUGCGCCAAGGUGCUGCAGUACGUCGGACGGUUAUCGGAUGGAGCCGGAGACGGCACGCCGGCUCUGUACAGAGUCCGGAGUCUGCUGCGGGACCGCCUGCAGCUGCUGCGCCGUGCUGCCUGGCCUCUCGAUGAGGACGUCGGUGACCAGCCUCUGUCGGCCAGCCUGCCGUGGACGGACAUUGUGCAGUGCUGUAUCGAGGUGCGCACGGACCAACUCAGCGGCUCAGAGGAGGUGUACUACCUGCCCGACGAGCUGGACAACUUCCGCGUGCCGGACUUGUGGACAGAGUACACCUCCGUCGGCCACACCGGAGAGUGUCUGACCCUGGACGAGUCGGUGACCAUCGCCAAACGUUCCCUGGACACCUCUGUUGAGUGCAGCCCCGCUGUGAAGCGGCGACCCGAGAGACACAGCUUCGGUCGACCGACGCUAGAUGUCAGCACUCACAUCGACCGGGAACUGAACGUCUCCCUGGACUGGGAGCAGCGGCUGCGGGAGCUGGUGGACGAGGGUGACGCCAGCGGUGCGAUGGCGCCGCUUCCCCCGCCUCCUCCAGUCCACCUCACUCCGCCGCGGACCGGUCGGCGCGCCAGCCUGGAGCGGCAGCUGUGCCAGCUGCGGGCGCAGCUGUCGGCUGACCGGCGGCACACCGAGCAGCUGGACCGGCUGCUGGCAGCUGCAGCUGGCGGGACGGAGCUGCCGCCGGCGCUCGUCGGAUCGCCAGAGUAGCGGCGCUGGGCGUCCACAGCCGACCGACGACAACGCUUCUGAUGUGUCUACCGGCUUUUGGUAUCUACCCAACUACCCAAGACCUUACUUUGAUUGCGGCCAAGUCGACACAUCGGACUGCAGUGAUACAGUGCCGAGCUAAAGCGUGUGAGCUAAAACGUGAGCCAAGUGUGACGGCUGUGGUGAGCUGUGGUAGAUCUGGGAUACCAGCGGUUUUCGGCAUAGCACCGGUUCCGUGACGACCGUUGCGAGUGUCUGUGUCACAGUUUUGUGAUGCAGCUGUGCCAGGAUGCUGACACGGACGUGCACAGCGUUUGCGUGAUACGCCGGUGACAGGGUGACGGAUAUACCGACUGAACAACACAGCGCGGCCUCUGGCAGCCCCGGAGAGCGCAAUCUGCAGCCCCGGAGAGCACAAUCUGCAGCCCCGGAGAGCGCAAUCUGCAGUCCCGGAGAGCGCAAUCUGCAGCCCCGGAGAGCGCAAUCUGCAGCCCCGGAGCGCGCAAUCUGCAGCCCCGGAGCGUAAUCUGCAGCCCCGGAGCGCAAUCUGCAGCCCCGGAGCGCAAUCUGCAGCCCCGGAGCGCAAUCUGCAGCCCCGGAGCGCAAUCUGCAGCCCCGGAGCGCAAUCUGCAGCCCCGGAGCGCAAUCUGCAGCCCCGGAGCGCAAUCUGCAGCCCCGGAGCGUAAUCUGCAGCCCCGGAGCGCAAUCUGCAGCCCCGGAGCGCAAUCUGCAGCCCCGGAGCGCAAUCUGCAGCCCCGGAGCGCAAUCUGCAGCCCCGGAGCGCAAUCUGCAGCCCCGGAGCGCAAUCUGCAGCCCCGGAGCGCAAUCUGCAGCCCCGGACCAGUGCGACCGCGUUUACAUAGCAUUUUUGACGAGGCUCUAGCUCGUUUAUUUGGCGAUAAUUUCGAUGCAGUGGUCUUCAAGUAGGGGAGAGUGGGGAAAGAUGCCCAGGGUUUUGCUAUGUCAUAUAUUAUUCGAA